AUGGUGGACGUACUGAAUUGGGACUGGAGGGAGGUGGCCCAGCCAUAUCUGGACAGGAGGACAGGAUGCUGGACUCAGUGGUUUGACAGAGACAAUCCCAGUGGAACUGGAGACUGGGAAACACUGUCCAGUCUUCUUAAAGCGAAUCCAGGAAAGAUCUGCACUCAGCCAAUAGGUGUUGAGGCCAAAACUCUAUCUGGACUCACUGCAGCUGCAGCAGGGGAUGUGAUUUUUAAGAGUGACACUACUUCAGGAUUUGUCUGCAGAAAUAAGGACCAACCCAAGAAGAAGUGGUGCAAUGAUUAUCGUGUCCGAUUCAGCUGCCCCCCCUCUUUCUGUGAUAAAGUUUGCUGGACAAGGUGGUAUGACCGGGACAAUCCCAGUGGAACGGGGGACUGGGAGCUCUUGACUCACCUGAGGAAGGAAAACCCAGGACAAAUCUGUGACAACCCUCUGCAGAUGGAUGUUGUUACUACUGACACACUGACCCCGGCUACGUCCACAGGCGAGAUCUUUCGUAUAAACAAUCCAUCUCAGGGAUUUGCUUGUCGCAAAAUCGACCAGAAAUCUCGCAAGUGCCGUGACUACAAAGUCCGGUUUGGGUGCCCGUGCAAGAUGAAGGCCUGACUCCAUGGCAAACUAUGGCAAGGAUAAGAUGACACAUCAAGAUUUUUUAAAUCUCUUUUCCUGUUUUAUUUUAAUUCUAACAGUGCCUGGUGAAAGGGGAAGACUAUAAUUGUCCUAUUAAGAGCCUAUUAUGUCCUUAAUCAGUCUAUAGUUUCCAUUUUCUUCUUUCUGUAAUGAUUAUGCAAUUAUUAUAUUGUGAUGCAGGAAAUGAAUCAACUAAUAAAUUAGCUCAUAUGCUCAGAUGAUGUGGUGAUGUGUGAUCUGGUAUAUUGACAAUAAGAGGUGUUGUGUAGCAUUUAAACAGCAAUGUGGGAGUGUAAUAAAAUAAUAUGUCUGAAUCCGAAUUUCAC